AUUUCUCAUGCCCCAUUCGAGACCCUUCUCUUUUCGAUUCUGUGUAUCAUUCUCAACAACCAAAAGAAAGGAACACGACUACCCGGAGGAAACAUGUCUCAAUUUGAUCAGGCUCGUGAGGCAGCCUCUUUCUUGAAGCAACAUUUACCUGCUGCUUUACAAGAUCCUCAGGUCGCAAUUGUCUGUGGCUCUGGUCUGGGUGGUCUCGCGGACAGUAUUCGUGACACACCCCACGAGGAAUUUGAUUAUUCUUCUAUCCCCCACUUUCCACACCUCACUGUUCCUGGGCAUGCUGGCAAGCUUGUUUUUGGUCUUCUUGACAAAACAGUGCCUGCUGUGCUAAUGGUUGGCCGAGCCCAUUACUACGAAGGCCAUUCCAUUGAAAAAGUGACGUUCCCUGUACGGGUAUUCAAGCUUUUGGGAGUAGAUACUAUCGUCUUGACCAACGCAGCUGGGGGUCUCAACCCGAAAUAUGCAGUGGGCGAUAUUGUACUACUGAAUGACCACAUUUUCUUAGCAGGGUUGGCCGGAAACCACCCAUUACGAGGGCCAAAUGUUGAGGAACUGGGACUGCGGUUUCCGCCUUUGUCUGAUGCCUAUGACCUGGAACUUCGUCGACAAGUACAUGAAGCUUGGAAGACCAUAGCACAACCCAAAAGAAGCAGAGAAUUGCAUGAAGGCGUGUAUGCCUUUGUCGGAGGUCCGAGCUAUGAGACCAGGGCAGAAUGCCGCUUGCUCCGGGCGCUCGGGGCUGACGUGGUAGGCAUGUCGACUGUACCAGAAAUCGUUGUUGCCAGACACUGCGGAAUUCGGGUUUUGGGACUGAGCCUGGUAACGAACAAUGCAGUUCUUUCGCCCGUGCCUCGUGGAGAUGAUAAGGAGAUCCAGGGUAAAGGCGCCCAAGACCUGAAUACAAUCCUGGAAAGUGGUAAAGCGGACCAUGGGGAGGUCCUGGAGGCUGGCCGCAAUGCGGCUGUUGACAUGGAGAAACUCGUUGUGCGAGUUAUGUCAACCGUCUUCAAACGUAGUUAGUGUCUAAGUCUUGGCUCUGCCCAGGGAACAAGUGGUCGUGGGUGAGCAGUAGGCACCCGUAGCUUUGGGUUAGCCACGAUCUCAUGAUCAUUUGAACACACCAGAGAACAAAAAUUUUCACGUGUUCUUCUUGCCUUGUCUUUUAGAUCGCAGGUUCUGAUAGUAUGCCUUCUUUCCGCUUUGUUUAUUCGAUUGUAUGUCGUUGUACUUUGACCGCAAGCGUCUGGCUUGCUGCUCCACAGCCAAUGCUUCUUCAACAAACGUCUUCCGUUGGUUCUUCUUCGUAAUGCGGUUACUGAAAAAUUCAGUUGGACCUUCAAGUACAGUGCCCACCUGCAGGUACUUCGGAGGCUGGGUUUUCGCAUUUUCCUUCUUGUAAUGUCUUUUUGGGUCCAGCACGGAGCGCAUCCGGAGAAUCUGGAGGUCUCGCUUGAGUUCCGGCGUCAAUUCUGUUCUGGGCAUAUCGAACCAGUCCUUCCCUGC